AAAAAUAACUGUAAUUAUAAUAUAAAAUAUAAUAAAAUAAAAAAGAGUAAUAUAGCAUCCACAAAAAUAUAAAGAAAACGAACUAAGUCACUGGCCAAACAAUUUAUAGAUCAUACCGCAAUCUCCUCCUCCUCAUCUUCCUAUAUAUAAAUUCAAUAAACCCCUCCAUUCUCCCUCAUCUCUUCUCCUCUUGAUCGUCAUUAACAAAAAACCAAAAAAAAAAAAAAAAAAGGGAAAAAAAAGAAGAAAAAGAAAAAUCCCCUAGAGAACAAAGAAAAGGAUAGAAUUAAAUGGCUGCCACUAUGAGGUCCUCUUUGAUUCUUUUCUUUGCUAGCGCCCUUUUCCUCCAAGGCGCUUUGGCUAAAAUCUCAGGGAAUUUCGUUUGCGAGGAAUUGCCAACUAAUGUUUGUGCAUUCGCCAUCGCAACAUCUGGGAAGAGGUGUUUGUUGGAGAACUCUGCAGCCAAAGAUGGGAAGGUUGAGUACCAAUGCAAGACAUCUGAGGUUGUUGUCGAAAAAAUGAAGCAACAUAUUGAGACAGAUGAGUGUGUUGAGGCUUGUGGUGUUGACAGGAACUCUGUUGGAAUUUCCUCUGAUUCUUUGCUCGAACCUCAGUUUGCUGCUAAGCUUUGCUCCCCUGCUUGUUACGAACGUUGUGCUAACAUUGUUGACCUUUACUUUAAUUUGGCUGCUGGAGAAGGUGUGUAUUUGCCAGAUCUAUGCAACAAGCAGAAGAACGGGCCACACCGUGCCAUGAUUGAGCUAUCAAGCAAUGGAGAUGCUGAUGUAGAUGAAUUUGCUUCUGCCCCUUACGCCCCUGUUCCUUAUUCACCCGAUGUUUACUAAUUACCACUAAUUUACUUGCUCUAAUCUUCUAAAUUAAUAAAUAACACUCUCGAAAAUAAAUAGUAGUAAAAAGAAUUUGUUUUGAACAAUAGAUGUCUUUCAUAUCCAGCUAUAACAACAAGUAAUUUUUUAAUUUCUAAAUGGCAGUUUCAGAAAAUGCAAUUCAACAUAAAAAAACGUAUGCAAGAGAAAUAAAUGAAAGACUUCAUAAAAAAUCUUGUAGAAUAAAGAAUGAAGUUUCAUUUCGUACAUGCCAAAUCAUAAAGUAGUAAAGGCUUUCAAUUAAAAUUCCAAUUGUGUCGAACUUUCCAUUUACACUUAAUAAAAUGGGUGUGUCUUAAAAUUUCAUGUGCUAAACUACAAACACGUAUUAUUAUUA